CGAUAGUAAGAGUUCUACGCGUGGCCAACUAAAGCAUAGCUGUGAUAGCAUUGAUAUACUUGGUUGUGAGAAUCACUGUUGCAUCGUAUUGCCGCAACUUUUACUGUAUUAUCAUCGACGGAUGCACGAUGUUCGUGUGAUGCAAUUGCGGGCAUACGUACGCACAGUUUUCGUAGUACGACAGUAUCAUGAAAGAGAAGCAUCGAGUAAGAGAUGCGUUGAUUUUAGUUGAGGACUGAGCAUCAUGAUCAAUCCAGAUGUUAAUCUCCCAGUAUCGAAAGAAAAUAGAUAAAAGGGAUAGUUGCCGAUACUACAAAGUGGGAUAGAGAGAGACCAGAAGAUAGAGUGGAGAGGAUUUAGCGCAUAGACCACCGGAGGAGCUAUCUCUGCUACAUAGUACAAAUCAUACCGCGAGGGCGCGAGGUCGCGACCCUGAGCCCGAUACACGGAAUAGAAUACGUUUCGGUAGCGGAAUAGUGCGCGGAACGAAUACGUGUCAAACAUUGGUCCACGGAUCAUUCGCGAUCAUUCGUUCGCGAAAAGGUCAAGAGUUCAUGACAAUUCACUGACAUGAAAUGAUGAUUUUACUCAUCAUUUGACGACGAUCUUCUUUUCCCUCCCUUCAUUUAUCACUGCCUGGAACGAUCAAAACCUACUAAUAGGCAAAACGACGAAUUUCUCCCCCUGUCUCUUUCUCAUUCUCUCUUUUACUCUCUCUUUCUCUUUCUCUCUUUCUGUCUAUCUGUCUCUCUCCUUAAACGAGUAUUUCGUUGACCAGUGGUUAUAACCUGUCAGCAUUGAAUAUUCCUGCGUAUAUCAUCCAGGAAGAUUUUGCAAUUGAAAAGGAGAAUUCUGUGGAUCGGACAGUGAUACUGCAUAGUGAUAAAACAACCCGAAGAUGCCGCUCUUCGGUAAGAAGGAUUCGAACAAAAAAAUCAAGAAAGAUGGGAAAGACGACAAAUCGCCGUCUGUUGAGGACAAAUACAUCCUAAAGGAGUUACUUGGAACGGGUGCUUUCUCUGAAGUACGCCUGGCAGAAAGUAAAGAAAAACCUGGUCAAAUGUUUGCUGUGAAAAUCAUUGAUAAGAAAGCAUUGAAAGGGAAAGAGGACUCUUUAGAAAAUGAAAUAAGAGUGUUACGAAGGUUAACACAUCCCAAUAUUGUUCAACUAUUGGAGACAUUUGAAGAUAAACAUAAGGUUUAUUUAGUUAUGGAAUUGGUUACUGGUGGAGAACUAUUUGAUAGAAUUGUUGAAAAAGGUUCCUAUACAGAGAAAGAUGCAUCAGGUUUAAUAAGACAAGUUUUAGAAGCUGUUGCUUACAUGCAUGAUCAAGGAGUGGUGCACAGGGAUCUUAAGCCUGAAAACCUUUUAUAUUAUAGUCCAGAAGAAGACAGUAAGAUUAUGAUUAGUGACUUUGGCCUAUCAAAAAUGGAAGACUCUGGUGUUAUGGCAACUGCUUGUGGUACUCCAGGAUAUGUUGCUCCAGAAGUCUUAGCACAAAAGCCAUAUGGAAAAGCUGUAGAUGUAUGGAGUAUAGGAGUCAUUUCUUACAUUUUAUUAUGUGGUUAUCCUCCAUUUUACGACGAAAGUGAUGCGAAUUUGUUUGCACAAAUUUUAAAAGGUACUAUUCUAGUUUUUGUAUGCUGCUAUAUACAUACUAGUGUAACUGUUAUAGGUGAAUUUGAAUUUGAUUCGCCGUACUGGGACGAUAUCAGUGACUCUGCAAAGGAUUUCAUUCACAAAUUGAUGUGCGUCAAUGUUGAGGAGCGCUAUACUUGUAAACAAGCCCUUGCACAUCCUUGGAUAUCCGGCAAUGCAGCUAGCAAUAAAAAUAUCCAUGGCUCCGUAGGAAAGUCUUCCUCUUCUCUCAUGGUUGCAGCAAGCCUACCACGCAGCCACGGUCAUACGUCAAAUGCAACGGCUGGCACUCACCAGCGGCCAGUUGCAGCAGGGCCCAGGAUCAACAGACCCCUCCAGCGGCAACCCCACGCCAUACCCCGAUCAAUCGCAAUCCAACCCCAGUCACCAACCCAGAUCAGUGGAGCCUCAGACCAACCUCAAUUGAAGGAAAUACGCGAGUCACCAUUGCCGGUGUCAAACUUGGUGGCCUCGAAUCCUAUUCCCAUUCCGAUCACUCCAAACUUACCAUUCUACUUACGCAACAAACGCUUCAAGCUGUGGGGUAGCACACGCACUGCUCUGUCUAUUCUAUUUCAAACGAAUGUAUCGUAUCUUAGAAAGCAAAGAAAAUAUAAGAAAAGCUGAGUCACGCUGCUACGUUUCUUCUAAUGAAAAAUAUCAGAGUUAUCGGAUGGCCGAGUUUAUUCUCUUACCGAUGAUUAUUAUCUGAAUAAUGGUAAGAGCUUGUAUUUCAGCUAAUUUGCUUUAUUGUGGUCUCCUGUGACAUGGUUACCACCGAUCGUGUAUAUUACAAAAUUAUACACGCUCGCAAGUGCGCGCACGUAUACACACUUAACACACAUAUAAACAGCCCGUACGAUAAGGCGAUUUCCUGAAUGUUUUAUCGCCCUUUUCAAUUUUGCAGGCUUUGUUUCAACAAUUUAAGUAGAUCUCACUGUGUUGAUACAUAUUUCACAGUAGAGUAGUAAAUCCUGUAGCCGUCAAUAAUGAUUUUAAAUGAUGAUACGUUAACAGCAUUGAUUUGAUCAAGUAAAGACAUAGUUAAUAUAUUUAGAUAUCUAAUGCAGAUUGUGAAAUCCUUUGACACAAGGAAGGUUUUGCUCGAUCAAAUCUACUAUAUGUAUAAAAAAAAAAGAAAAAAGAAACAAUGUGAACAGUACAACGACAAGUUUUUAUCUUUUAUAAGGUUUGGUGUAAUGAAUAGUAGCUGUUUAGAUGAUUUUUUGCAAUGUGAACAUCUUAGUAUAUUCUGGUAAAAUAUGUUUUAAAUUUCACAAAAACUGAUACGCAGCCUUUUACCCAGUUUUUCGAAAGAACGAUACGAUAAAAUAUAACAUCUUUUGAAAUAGCAAUUUUUCAAGAAACAUGAAACAAAAGACAAAAUAAAGUAAGUUUAUGGAUCACUUCGGACAAGAAAAAAAAGAAAUUCUUGCCAUAUGGAAUCGUGUUGUGAGAUUGUAUGAGAUCUGAUUUUUAUCGAUAUUUGUUUUUAUGUUUCUCCGAUAAUUAAAUCAUAUAUUUUAUUUUACGAUAUAAAUGCAAAAUAUAAUACGAGUCAUGUACAGUACAUUAUAUUACAAGAUAUUGUGUACACAAAUACUUGUUCUGUUAUAUAGUGAUAUUAGUACAUUUUAAGAAUUCCAGAACAGAAAUCUACUAACUAGAUUUAAUAUGUAUAUACACAAAUGUAUAUUGCUCUACUGAUAUUUUUAUCGAUAUUGCACUGAAAUUUAAUAGAAAAUGUACAUAAUUCAUACACGAUUCCUCAAUCAUCUCUUUGCAAGAUGCAAAUAUAAAAAGCAAAUUAUAUAGUGUCCAAUUUUUUAAUUUUGUUAUAGUGUUUUUUGUUAUAUUUUUAUACACUGCAAUUUUUCCUGAUCUAAUUAGUUUUUAUUAUUAUAUUUCUGUUCUAUUAAAGAGAUUCUGGUAAUUUUUAUUGUUCUUUUUUUGAAUAACAUAAAAUAAAAUUGGUUUUUGGUAGAAGCACAAAAAUGAAUUUAAUUAAUUAAGAAAUAAUGAUUUAUAUAUUUUAUUAUAUGUUGUAAAAAAAUGUACAUAUUAUUUAUGUAUAUUAUGUUCCUUGAUGUAAAUGUAUAAGAAUUUUCAAUCUGUUACGAACAAGUCAAUAUAAAUAUUUUUAUAUUUAAUAUUUUAUCGUAGAGUACAGCGAUCAUACAUCAUUGCAUAAGCUCCAAAAAAUUGAUUGAAAUAUAAUCUAGCUAUUUAUAUUUGUAUCUUAUUAUUAUGUGAAGGAUCAGUGAAUCGUAUGUAGUACUAAGUAUUUGAAUUACAACAGGUACUUCAACGAAAUGUUUGAAAAUACUUUUAGUAUUCGGUGGUAUUACUUUAUUUUUUUACAAAUAAUUGCAGACAAUUACCGUACAUAUUGUAAUCUUGUGAUAAUGAUGUUACUAUGGUCUCUUACUCAGUAGUAUAUCCGUAUAAAAAUAUUAAUAUUGAGAAUUUGCAUUAAAAUAGAAAUGAAAUCUUUUAAUCGAAAAUGUAUCAAACAAUUUUUCACAAUGCUGAUUCGAUUUCAAUGUGUCGAACUGUUUUAUUUAAAUUUCCAGGUUAUAUAAAUGAAAAAAAUAUAUUGCGUGUUAUUAUGCGGAAAAUUGUAUCGACAAGAUUCAGUGUUUUUUCAAUGUCCUUUUGAAAUAAAUCUAAAUUGUAUCUAAUGAAAUCUAAAGGAAUCAUAUAUUACACAUUCGAAUAGAAAAAAUUAUUGCUGUUUAUCGAGCGGGCACUCCUUUUAUCAUAAAUUACUCUCUCUUUCUCUUUAUCUUUAAACAUGAUAAUCACUUUGAACUAUCAUAUUAGAUAUCCGUCCGUGUACCGGGCACUAUUCGUAUAAUUAAUAACUGUAUGAAAAAGAGUUUCAUGUUAAUGCUACAUAAUAAUUUUGAAAUCGAUAAUAAUUAUAUUAAUUAUAAGAUAGACAUUGUUCUAAUAAAAUUAAACAGAAUACAUAUAAGUUGAUUUAGAACAUGGCGCAUACGAUGGAAGUUAAAAUAUAUGCAAUGAUCAUCAUUUAUUCUUGUCGAAACUUGUAGCAUGAAAAAUUUCAAUUGAUAAACAGGUCUUUCAUUGCGCAAAAUAACAUACUAUUCUGAAGUGCCUUGGAUAACACGAUGAUGGGAUAUCAGAAAAGUAAACUCAAAAAUAUAUGCUUUUCAAUGAUUAAAAUCAUUUUUAGUUAGAAAAUAGACAUCUACUUUAUGUUCUAAUCUCUAUAUUUAUUUGAAUUAUAAUGUCUAAUAAAAAGUACUAAAAUUCAUGUGUUUGUAUGUAAAUUAAGUAAUUAAAUUAUGUAAUUUUAAUAUAAUUUUUUGGAACCAACAUCGUGUCAUCUAAUAAGAAAGGUUCGUUAAUAAGCAUUUUUUUAUGCUAAAUAUUUGUGUGCUAUCAAUGAGCUUGUAAUUUAAAAAUUUUAGAAGGGAAUAUAAAAAAAAGGAGCUUAGCUUUAUUUAGAAACAAAGUAAAAAAAACAGAAAAAAGAAGAUACGACAAGAAAAAGAUAAGACCGUGCCACAUGAAUAAACAUAUCGGCAGGAACGUUGCAAAAUGUGAUUAUAAAAAUAAGCUGAUUUUAAAUAGAAAAGAACAACUUGUUACUGCAGUUUUAUUCGAUGAACAAAAUAUGCCUGACUGAUAAGAGUGUGUGCAUGGAAUGAACGAGAAAAAGAAUGAAAGAAGAAAGUUGCCUAUAAAUUAAGCGUUAUUGCGCUUUUACAUUUAUUAAUGUAACAUUACUAAUUUACAUUUACUAACUGAUUACAGGAAUAACUUCUUCCUAGUGUAACUUUUCUCAUUGCACAAGCCUUGCAAUUGUUAUGCUUACAAUUUGUGCAUGUGAAAACGACUAUUAUCAGACGUUUCAUUGUUAAAAUUAUACUUGAUACGAAGGAUCAAUGUUAUUAGAAAAAAUUUAUCAACCCCGCAGAAAAUUUUAGUAAAUCAGAAUAUAUUAAAAUAAUUUACAGUGCCAAUGUAUUCCACGAUUUUAAAACGCUGUUGAAAUCGCUGUUUUUUCAAGAUAUAUGAAGUAUCAAAUUUUUGUAAAUUAUAUACUCUAUUCGAAUAGCCAAUAUUUUAACGAUUAAAUUUUUAGUAAUGCAUUGCUUCAGACAGUAAUUUAUUUUGUUCAAGAAUAAAAAGCUCGCUUGUAAGUACGAGGAUUAUAGAUCAACCUUUCGAACUUAAUCUUUUUCAACUUGAUUUUGGUGCUACACAACAAAUGUUCGAUACUACUAUUCCAUAAAAUGUGAUGAAUAAAAAGUUAUGACUAGCAUAACUGUACCAAUGACAAUGAAAAAUUGUCGAUAAUUUAAACUGAUAUAAUUUCGUAAGAAAAAAGAUAACAUAACGAUUCACUUUGUCUCAUUUUAAAGCGUGAAGCCUAUACUUUGACAGUUGUAAGCUCGUUUUUUUUUUUCGAAGAUGAAUCUACAUUAUGUAGGCAGUGGGAAAAGCGAAGCGAUUUUUUCCAGCAUUGAACUUUGAACAUUCGGGUUAGAUGACAAUAUCUACCCUAAUA